AGUGGUUGUGGCAACACUGGCGUUCCGUCGCUCAACUGGAAGAUCUUUGUUAGACUGGUUAGACUGAGGAUGACGCAUAAGAGCCUCUUCAUCCUGUCGCUUCUUCUGGAAAAUAGAUUCCCUGGCUGUAAAUAACGAAGAGGAGGAAAUUUUUAUUCAUCGUUGAAGGAGAUCAUGAAUGGGGAAAAAGAAUUUUGUCGAGAGAAAACGUAAUUAAAGACUUACACGAUGGUUAUGAUGCAAAUGACACGGGCGUUUCAAUAUUCGAAUCUUAUAUCUGACCGUAUGCUUAUAUACAAAACGUGUCAGAAGAGUAUCAUCAAUGACCGAUAGUAUGCAUUAUGAAGCAACAUUUUUGCUCUUCCGGAUGUCGCAAUAUUUCCGCCCGAGCGAAACGACAACGAGUUGCUUCUCCAAGAGCAACAAGGAAGUGUACACACUCGAAGUUUAUUUGUUAAAUAAUGAAAACUUGAGUCGUGAGAUGAACUUUCUUUCUUCGUUCGAUAAUUUUAUAAAUAAAUCGGAAAAAACAUCGUUAUAUCGCGUAAAAUUUACGUGACGAGUGUAUUUUGCCAAAAAUUAUAUGUUAAAUUACACUGUCAUUUUACCAACAAUUUAAUUAACGAUUCAUCUUUGUCAAUGAUCGUAAUAUCAUGACUGUGAGGAUAAUUUUUAAACAUUUUUCGCAUUUUUUUUUUUCAUCAAUCUUCCGGGUCAAAGAUAUGCAAAGCAACAAUGUUACUUCCCGUAUUUCGCAACUAUUGGUGGAUCAUCGUACCUCUCGUAUAUAACUGGCGUAAUAUUAAAAGUUUCUCAGUUUAGUCGCCAUAAGUAAUACUAUGUACAUCAAAGGACACUUUGCGCCUGCGUUCACGUUAACGGCCAUCUUGGCUGUUGUUCUAGAAUUAAUUAGUUGCGGAAACGCGACGUUGCCGGAAACUAUAAAAUGGACAGGCGGAAAUUUCGAAUGGCCGUCCUCAACCACCAAGAAUAUGUACAAAAGUAACGGAAAAUACAUCCCGAAGAAUGUGAUCGCCACUAGGGUUGCGAUGCAUAACAACGAAGCCAUUGUGGCUUUGCCAAGGUUCAAGGCAGGUAUUCCAGCGACAUUGGCGAAACUUUCUAAGGAGGCGCAAAACUGCGAAGCCACUUUGAUUCCUUAUCCUUGCUGGUCCCUUCAGGAAGAAGGAACUUGCACAGCUCUGCAAAACGUGGUAGAUCUUUAUCUGGAUCCUCAGAACAUUCUUUGGAUCCUCGACACUGGAGUAGUGGACACUUUGGAUGAACCUGUACGCAAGUGUCCAGCAAAGGUUCUUGCCAUCGAUGUUACCUCAGAAAAGCUUAUAAAAACCGUGGAACUGACCGGUCUGACAUCCCCCACGUCUCGUUUGCAAUACGUGGUAUCCGACUACACCCAAGACGGGAGGGUAUUCAUCUACGUAUCCGACGCAGCCUCAAGAGCCAUCCUCGUCUACGACGUGACUUCCGGUCGAGGUUACAGAGUCGUUCUACCCCAAGCCGUGAGCAUGGGCUGUACUAGAAGGGAUGUCCUCUAUCUGGCCCUUCUCCGACGUUCAGAUGGCAGCACUUGCCUAAUCUUCACCUACUUGAGCAGCAGCCGUAUGUUCUCGAUAAGAACGGAGCAUCUUCGAAACGGAUCCACGAGAGGGAGAAUCCACGAUCUCGGCAUGAAACCGAGAAAGAUGGUCGUCUUGGGCACGGACAACGGAAGCGCCCUCUUCUUCCGGUACGAGGGAGAGGCAGACGUUUACAGAUGGGACGCCGCGAGCAAUCCUUUCGAUCCAAGGUGUUUCAAGAAGGUGUACACGAGCGCAGAAUGCAACCUCGUCACUCACGUCGUUGCUGAUUAUGCGAGGGGAAGCAUGAGAGUGCUCGAGUCGAAUUUCCCUGAUUACAUGCAGGGCACGGUCGGAUGCGGCGCCACACAAGUUUUGAACGUUAUGUGAUUAGCUAGGAUUAGUGUUUUGGAAUUGAAUAAAUUGAUCAAAGUGAAA